UCCCUGCGAUUCACCCACCUCUUCUGGUUUGGAGACCUGAACUACCGUCUGGACAUGGAUGUGCAGGAGAUCCUGAAUUUCAUCAGUCGGAAGGAAUUUGAGCCUCUGCUGAAAGUCGAUCAACUCAACCUGGAAAAGGAGAAGAACAAGAUCUUCCUGCGAUUCCAUGAGGAGGAGAUCACGUUCCCGCCCACGUAUCGCUAUGAGCGCGGAUCCCGGGACACCUACGUGUGGCAGAAGCACAAGCCCACUGGGCUCCGAACCAAUGUCCCUUCCUGGUGCGACCGGAUCCUGUGGAAAUCCUACCCAGAAACCCACAUGAUAUGUAACUCGUACGGCUGCACCGAUGACAUCAUGACCAGUGACCAUUCUCCGGUGUUUGCAUCAUUCGAGGUCGGAGUGACGUCACAGUUUGUCUCUAAGAAAGGUCUCCUGAAGCCAUCAGAGCAGGCGUACAUAGAGUUCGAGAGCAUCGAAGCCAUCGUGAAGACGGCCAGCAGAACCAAGUUCUUCAUAGAGUUCUAUUCCGGAUGUUUGGAAGAGUAUAAGAAGAGCAGCGAGAACGACAGUCAGAGCAUCGACAACGUCAACUUCCUGAAGGUCCAGUGGUCAUCGAGACAGCUGCCAACUCUCCGGCCCAUCCUGUCGGAGAUCGAGUACCUUCAGGAUCAGCACUUAUUACUGACCGUGAAGUCCAUGGACGGAUACGAGUCGUACGGCGAAUGCGUCAUUGCGCUGAAGUCCAUGAUCGGCAGCACCGCGCAGCAGUUCCUCACCUAUCUGUCCCACCGAGGAGAAGAGACCGGCAAUAUCAGAGGCUCCAUGAAGGUGCGGGUGCCGGCAGAGCGCAUGGGAACCAGAGAGCGCCUGUACGAAUGGAUCAGUAUAGACAAGGAUGAAACUGGAGCAGUAAAAGGGAAACCACCAUCCAUGUCCCGCCCCAACCACGAGUAUACCAGACCCAUCAGCAAGAGGUGUCCACCAGCCGAGGCGCCAGCACCAACGCUCGGGAAGUUGUUUGAGGAACCUGAAAAAGGUCAAAGUCCUAUCACCAGCCGCCUGCCCGGUACUGUCAAGGAGGACCCGGCACUGACACGGUGUAAGAUGGAGGCGCAGGCGGAGGGUGACGGCCACGGCUCCAAAAACAGCUUCAAUAACCCCGCCUACUACGUCCUGGAGGGCGUCCCCCACCAGAUAUUAACCCCUGACGGGCAGGCAGCAGCUUCUUCUACAGCUCCCAAGAACAAAGUCCAGAUCACGGUUCCGGUGCAGCGGCGUCAGUACCCGCACAGCGCCAGGACGGAGGAGGCGUCGUCUGAUGAAGAUGUGGGCACCCUCAAUCUGCCGCCCCCUGAUUUCCCUCCCCCGCCUCUCCCUAAAUCCACUGAGUUUGAGAUGCUGGAUAAUCCUUUCUAUAUGACGUCCGUCGAGCUGCACUCCAGACCCUCAGAGGAGGCGGAACAGCGCAAAGUCCGGGUGGGCGUCACCUUCAGCGAUCCCCCCGAAACCAAGUAUCACCCCAAAACCCAGUCCCGUCCGCCUCUACCCACCCCACAAUCCUCCUACAUGGCAGAGACUCACAGCGGUGGCACCGCGCACCAGGACGACCGCUCCUGCUCUGUACUGCAGAUGGCGCGCACCCUCAGUGAGGUGGACUAUUCCGGGAGUAAGGCGGAGUCCCAGAGAUGCUCCGCCCACAUCAUGGCUGCAAAAGGCAAAAUGGAGCUUCCUCCCCGCAGCAUGGACUUCAGCCGCCCUCUCGUCUUCCCACCGCACUGCAUCCGCGAGAGCAUCCAGGAGGAUCUGGCCGAGGAGGCCGCAUACCAGGGGGGUCGCAACUCAUUGCAGGGCACCAGCGUCGGUGAGUGGCUCCGAGCCAUCGGGCUGGAGAGAUAUGAGGAGGGGCUGAUCCACAACGGAUGGGACGAUCUGGAAUUCCUCAGCGACAUUGUGGAGGAGGACCUGGAGGAGGCGGGAGUGCUGGACCCGGCCCACAAGAAGGUCAUAUUGGACAACCUGCAGCUCAGGAAAUAAGUGCGCCCCCUCCCUGCCGCCUCGGCGGUCACAAUGCUGCACCUUA